AUGUCCAGCGGGCAGAGUGGACCCGUGGAUGAAGUUGCACACGUUAAGGGGUCAUCGGCAUCUGUGUCCUCCUUUCCCAAAAUGCCGGUGUUAGCUGCUCCGGAUCGCCAGCGAUCCUACAGGCCUAGGGCCAAGAGAGGCUGCUUGACGUGCAAACAGAUCGGGUGUCUAGACUGUGAAUUCUACAAGGUAGAUACUAAAUUGGACCGCGUAGAGCGACGCAUCAAAUGUGACGAAGCCAGGCCCCAUUGUUUGAAAUGCUCAUCAACGGGUCGCAAGUGCGAUGGGUAUGAGGCGCCAAGUCCUCCACCUCCCCAACGGAACACUUGUCUCCGGCUGCCAUAUAUCUACCCUCAGACCCUGCAGUACCCAGGCAACACUCGGGAAACGAGAUCGUUCCAGUUCUUCUAUGAACGCACCGUGUCUUCUUUAGCGGGACUUUGUGGGUCCGAAUUCUGGUCCGGACUCGUGUUGCGGGUCAGUCAGCAUGAGACCGCCGUUUACCAUGCCUUGAUUGCAUUAGGCUCCUUGCACGAGAACUUUGAGAACGGCCACUGGCUGACCCAACGAGGGGUUGAUACCUUCGCUGUGCAGCAAUAUGUGUCGGCUAUCAGGGCGCUCCUGGGAUCCUCGAACUCAUUGCCCCGCGUGAGCCCGGGCCAGCUAGCGGGCUCCCCGCGGAGCCUAACGGUGGACGUCUGUUUGAUCUCGUGCAUUCUGUUUAUUUUCAUUGAGAUAAUGUCUGGCCACUACGUGUCGGCUGUCGGCCAUGUCCGAAACGGGAUCAAAAUUCUCAAGGACGUCUACGAGGACCCUCAUUCAGGAACUUAUCACCACCCGUACUUAAAGCCAUCGACAGUCACUAGCUUGGAAAUGGACUACUUGCGGAAGACCCUCAACCGCCUCCAGGAUCAGGCUCUGACCUUGACGCGAACUGCCACGGACAAAGCUCUGAGGGAUGAUUCACACAUAGCGGCAGGCCGUCAUGCGGAAGUCCCCGAGUGCUUCCUUUCCAUCUCAGAUGCCUAUGAGUGCUUUGAAUAUCAUGUGGGCCGAUUGUAUCGGGAGUACUCAGUAAUAGAGCCCAGCAAAGCAGAUACGGGCUUGGAACAGUAUACCAAUUUAAUGCAGCAAGCCCAAGCCCUCAUGGACAAGUGGUCACUUGCCCUACAUCGUUUCGAGGAAUCUCGGGGUUCUCAGCUCACCUACAGGGACUCCAUCGGUUUGAAGAUCCUACGAAUCUAUCAGUGCUGGCGACUCGUAUUGUUAGAUCGGGGCAGGAACGGAGCUACGGAUCUUCAGUCGUGGGAUAAGUACAACUCCACGUUUCAACUAAUUGUCUCGUUGGCAGCGGCAGUGAUCAACACGGCCGACACUGACACGCCCCUAUCCUUGACCUCUCCGGCGCCGUCCCACACUCUCAGCCAAGGUCAUAAGAGGCCUUCCUUUUCUCUGGAUAUGGGCAUUAUAUGCCCCCUAUACGACGUGGCUACACUAUGUCGUGACCCUUCAAUCCGCCGGCAGGCGUCGAGGUGCUUCGAACAAGUGAUCGAUCUGGAAGAGAAGGCCGCUUUACAGGGCGGAAUAGAUGAUGAAAAGAGUCUAUUGUCUGUCAAGUUGCAUCCGAUGGGUCCGAACCCAAAUAGUCAAUCCGAGGUUUCCAGCCGCCACCACAUCACGAGAUCGUCUGAGGUGCCUCAUGCGGCGCGUUUCGUCUAUGCCUAUCCCAAUUUUGACCCUCUCCAUAAACAAGCCUUUCUGGUUUUGGCGGUGGAUGAGGAUGGGGAGAGAAAUACCAAGAUCCCCUUACCAUCAGUGACUGCUAUGCUGGAUAUGGAUUAG